AUGUGGCUGCUGGGCAGGACCGCGGCGCUGCGCUGCCUGCGGGCCGGGGGGAGACCCGCGGCCCGCAGGCUCUCCCCUCCGGACCCCCCUGGAGCUGCUGUUCUUCGGCUCAGACCACUUCGCUGUGGAGUCUCUGAAAGAGCUCCAGUGAAAGGGGGGGUGGUGGAGACCCUUGAGGUGGUGGUUUCUGCCGGGGGACGUCCGGUGAAGAGGUUUCGCUCUACAAACCAGCUCCCGUCCACAGCUGGCCCCCCACUCUCUGUGGAUGGACAGUUUGAUGUGGGUGGUGGUGUGUCCUUCGGCUGUUUGCUCCCCGAGAAGCUCAUCAACAAUGGGAUUCUGAAUGUUCACCCCAGCCUGCUGCCUAGGUGGAGGGGUCCGGCCCCCAUCUUCCACACCAUCAUGCAUGGUGAUGCUGUGACGGGGGUCUCCAUCAUCCAGAUCCGCCCUCACAGGUUUGAUGUGGGCCCCCUCCUCCAGCAGGAGCGCCAUCAGGUCCCUGAAGGCUGCACUGCAGACCAGCUGGAAGCGGCCCUCUCCUCUAAAGGAGCACACCUGCUGGUUGAUACCCUGAGGACUCUGUCUGAGAGAAUAGCUCAUAAAAGAGAGCAAAGCCAGAGCGGGGGAACAUUUGAUGAGAGGAGCAGAGCGGCCCCCGGCUCAGUGAGCUACCAGAAGGAGUCCGACACUCUGGCUGUGAGCUGUAAGGACGGCUGGGUGGGCUUCAGGUCUGUGGUCCUGAAGAAGAGGCUGACAGCAGGGGACUUCUAUAACGGCUACCUGCACCAGACCCUGCACAGGAAGUCAGCCUGUGACAUCACCAGAGCACUGUUCAUCACCAGGAAACAUGGAGGAGACGCAAAGGACAUGAGCGAGAACUCUACGUCGUGA